AUGAAGCAGGACUUCAAGCGCAUCAUCCAGGAGAGCAAGGGCCAGACCAAUCGCCUGAUGCUCGGCAUCUUCUUCCUCAUCCUCACCGCGCUGUGCUCCAUGUUCCUCCCGUACUUCGCGGGGAAGAUGACGGACGCCGUGACCAUCGCCAUGACGGGCGACUCGGCGAGGGCCAAGCGUAAGGCCACCGAAGCGUUCUACGGUAUACUCCUUGUCAGCCUCCUCGGAGGCGUCUUCCAGUCUGCCAGGUCCUACCUCUUCAACACGGCGUCCUACAAGGUCGUGGCCAGGCUCAGGAACCGGCUCUUCUCCAACAUAUUGAAGCAGGAGAUUGGAUUCUUCGACACAGUCACCAGCGGCAGCCUCAUCUCCCGGCUCACCGCGGACACCAACCUCCUCAAGAACGUCGCCACGCAGAAUCUCUCCAUGUUCCUGCGCGGCCUGGCCACCGCCGUCAUCGGUCUGGCGUUCAUGUUCCUGACCUCGUACCGACUCACCCUCGUGGUCAUCGCCGCCUUCCCGCCGCUGAUAUUUGUCGCGAUGUGGCAGGGACGUCGCCUGCGUAACCUGUCGAAGGAGACGCAGGCGGCGCUCGCGGAGGCCACCGCCGUGGCGGAGGACUCCCUGGGCGCGAUACGCACGGUGCGGGGGUUCGCGCGUGAGGUUGGCGAGGCUGAACACUUCGCCAUGUCCGUGGAUAAGGCGCUCGGAGUUGAGAUGAAAUACGGGCUCGGUCACGCGCUGUUCAACGGCGCGAUGAUGGCCGCCGCGACCGCGGUGCUGGGCGCGACGUUCUGGUACGGCUCCCUGCUCGCCAUCGAGGGCGACAUGACCAUCGGGCAGCUCAACGCUUUCAUCCUCUACUCGAUCAACAGCAGCGCGGGACUAUUUUUAAUAUCGGCGACGUUCGUGUCAGUCAUCCAGGCGCUCGGCGCGUCCACGCGCGUUUUCGAGCUGAUGGACAGGACCUCCCGCAUACCGAUGGACGGCAAGGAUAAGCCCGGCGACGAAUCGGAGCACGGCGUCGCGGUGGCGUUGACGGACGUGCACUUCGCGUACCCGUCAAACCCGGAGCGGGGCAUUUUGAAAGGACUCAACCUCGACGUUCCCGCCGGUCACACCGUCGCCAUCGUCGGCCCGUCGGGCGCCGGGAAGAGCACGAUCGCGUCGCUCGUCAUGCGAUUCUACGAGCCCUCCGGCGGUGUCGUCACGAUCGGGGGCGUCCCGGUGGCGAACAUCGAUCACGUGCACCUGCACGCCGUCGUCGGCAUCGUGAGCCAGGAGCCGGUUUUGUUCGCCAGGAGCAUCGGCGCCAACGCCCGAUUCGGGGCUCCAGACGCAACGGAGGACGAGGUGUGGCGCGCGCUCGAGCGCGCGAACGUCGCGGAUUUCGUCCGCGGCCUCGACAACGGCCUGGACACGUGGGUCGGCGAGAGGGGGAUCAAGCUGAGCGGCGGGCAGAAGCAGCGAAUCGCAAUCGCCAGGGCCAUCAUCGUCAAUCCCAAGGCGUUGCUCCUCGACGAGGCCACCUCCGCGCUGGACGCGGAGAGCGAGCGGCUGGUGAACGCGUCCCUGGACGACGUCAUGAAGGGCAGGACGUCGAUCGUGAUCGCGCACAGGCUGAGCACCAUACAGGGCGCGGAUAAGGUGGCGGUGCUGGACGGGGGCGUCGUCGCAGAGCAGGGGACGCACGAGGAGCUCAUGAACCCUAAGAGCGCCAAGGGAGUGUACGCGAACCUGAUGCGACGGCAGCUGAUGGGACUGGGCGCGUCCACGGAGCACCUGGACGAGACGUAG